CAAAGCAAACGCAAUUAGGAAGAAGAAGAAUAAGAAGAAGCUUGCUCCAUAACAACGUAGUUCCAACGUUAUCAUUGUUAUUGCAACAUGUCUUGUUCCGUGGCAGUUCCCAGUUCCCCGGUCUUCUCUCUCUUCCACAACAACAACAACAGUAACAACAACAACAACAAAAACAACUCUUCCGCAACCGCAGAACAUCUCAUGCUUUCUCUUCCCAUUACGACGCCGUCUUGUUCCUCAACCUCUCCACCUUCCUCUCCCUUGCUCAAGAAGAAGAGACCCGCCAAACUCGACAUUCCGGUCGCUUCUCUCGCCUUUGGCCUCCCCGUCACGGCGCCGUCGCCCGCCAGGGACGCCGUCGUCCAAGCUGACGGAAGUGCUUUCUCUGUGUAUUGCAAGAGAGGAAGGAGGCACCACAUGGAGGACCGUUACUCCGCCGCCGUUGAUCUUCGUGGUGAACCAAAACAGGCCUUUUUCGGGAUAUUUGAUGGGCAUGGGGGCACAAAGGCUUCGGAAUUCGCUGCACACAACUUGGAAAAGAAUGUGUUGGAUGAGGUGGUUAGAAGAGAUGAAAGUGACAUCAAGGAGGCAGUGAAGCAUGGGUAUCUCAACACAGAUUCUGAAUUCUUGAAAGAGGAUCUUCAUGGUGGUUCAUGCUGUGUGACAGCGUUGAUUAGGAAUGGUAACCUUGUUGUGUCCAAUGCUGGUGAUUGUCGUGCUGUCAUUAGCAGAGGUGGUGUGGCUGAAGCCCUCACAUCUGAUCACAAACCUUCAAGGAAAGAUGAAAAGGACAGAAUUGAGACUCAGGGUGGUUAUGUUGAUGUGUGCCGUGGUGUUUGGAGGAUCCAAGGGUCAUUGGCUGUUUCUAGGGGAAUUGGAGAUAGAAACCUGAAACAAUGGGUGAUCGCUGAACCUGAGACCAAAGUUCUCAAAAUUGAACCGCAGCAUGACUUGUUGAUCUUGGCUUCAGAUGGGUUAUGGGAAAAGGUUAGCAACCAGGAAGCAGUGGAUAUUGCUCGAGUAGGGAACAAUAGACAGCAACCGUUGCUGGCUUGUAAAAAGCUGGUAGAAUUAUCUGUGUCACGAGGCUCUGUUGAUGAUAUAAGUGUUAUGAUUAUCAAAUUGCAAAACUAUGUUUGAAGUCUCAUUGGUGCAAGAAGAAAGGUUGGGAGGGUAUUGGCAUGGGGCCUCCACCUAUUUUUUUCAUAUUCUUAGCCUUCAGAUGUAGAAUCAGUCAGAAGAUUAUGAAUGUGAGCAUGGUUAAUGGAAAGAAUUGAAGCUGCUGAAAUUAAUUAAGUUUACUUAAAUUUUAAUCUGUAAUAUAUAUAUAUAUAUAUAUAUAUAUACAUCCGACGAAUGACAUCGUUUCGUUGAAGAUAUUAAUUAGCACUAACUUUAAGUAAUUUUUUGGUAGAAUGAUCUUGAUCUAAUGGGCAUCUUUUUUGGGUGUAAAGAAGGGUUGUAUUUGUAUUCUAAUUCUAAUGCAAACUAUAUAUCUCAUAUGUUGUAACAAGUGUUAAUUUAUUGUGUAUAAUUCAUAUUUUAAGUUCAAGUU